GUCACAGCCAGAUUUCGAAUCAUGGCGUUCCGGGCACGUUCAGUUGCUCUGUUUCGAUGGGGCUUGGAGCCCCGGUUCCGGUUUGGGGGGAAACGGGGACUAGCGACCGUGGCGGAGGGGACGAGGUCGUUCGAUGUGGUCGUGAUCGGAGGAGGCCAUGCAGGCUCGGAGGCGUGUGCUGCAGCGGCUCGAUCCGGAGCCAGGACGGCGCUGAUUACACCGUCGCUCUCGAACAUCGGCGUGUGCUCGUGCAAUCCGAGUCUGGGCGGUAUUGGAAAGGGCACGAUGAUCCGGGAGAUUGACGCGAUGGACGGAGUCGCGGGACGCAUUGUCGACAAGGCGGGCGUCAUGUUCCGCACGCUCAACCGAUCCAAGGGUCCGGCGGUUUGGGGGCCUCGCGCCCAGAUCGAUCGCGAUCUGUAUAAGAAGCACAUGCAGGCGGAGCUGCAGAGCACGGAGGGGCUGAGUAUCGUGGAGGGGAAGGUCGCGGAUAUUGUGCUGUCGAGGGAGGGCAUCGAGGAUGUUCCGGGGGCGCAGGGCAAGAUUGCUGGCGUCAGGCUGGAGUCCGGGGAGAUCAUACCGACGGGGAAAGUCGUUAUCACGACCGGGACGUUCCUGGGGGGCGAGAUUCACAUCGGGCUGAAUGCGUAUCCGUCCGGACGGAUGGGUGAGGCCGCGACGUUCGGGCUGAGCAAGUCUCUCCGCGAGGCUGGGUUCCAGCUCGGUCGUCUGAAGACAGGCACGCCUCCCCGGCUGGACAAGAAGACGAUCAACUUCGCGUCUUUGGAGGUCCAGGAUGGUGAUCAUCCACCGCCGCCGUUCUCCUACCUCAACGAUCGGGUCGAUGUGAGCGACGAAGACCAGCUGAAUUGCUGGUUGACCUACACGAACGAAGCGUCGCAUGAGAUCGUGCGCGCCAACCUCGACAAGACGAUCCACAUCCGCGAGACAGUGCGAGGGCCGCGAUACUGCCCAUCCCUGGAAUCCAAGAUCAUCCGGUUCGCGGAGAAGCAGCGGCAUCUGAUCUGGCUCGAGCCGGAGGGAUUCGCGCCCAACGACGUCGUCUACCCCAACGGCAUCUCGAUGACCAUCCCCGAAGACGCGCAGUACGCCCUGCUCCGGACGAUCCAGGGACUGGAGAACGUGACGAUGCUCCAGCCUGGCUACGGCGUCGAGUACGACUACAUCGAUCCGCGCAACCUGCAGCCCACGCUCGAAACCAAACUCAUCAGCGGCCUGUACCUCGCAGGCCAGAUCAACGGCACGACCGGCUACGAAGAAGCCGCCGGACAAGGCAUCAUCGCGGGCACCAACGCAGGACUCUCCGCCCAGGGCCGCGCACCACUCACCCUGCGACGGUCAGACGCAUUCAUCGGCAUCAUGAUCGACGACCUCAUCACCAAGGGCGUCUCCGAACCCUACCGCAUGUUCACCACCCGCAGCGAAUACCGGAUCACGACACGAUCCGACAACGCCGACCUCCGCCUCACCCGCAUGGCGCGCGAAGCGGGAAUCGUCUCCAACAAACGCUGGGAGCACUUCCUGGAGACCGAAUCGCAAAUCACCACGCUGCAAACCCUCCUCGAAAACACCAAAAUGACCUCCCACGCCUGGAGCCGCAGGGGCUUCAAACCGCGUGUCGACGCCUCCAUCCGCUCGGCGCUCUCCCUGCUCAGCCACCGCGAAACCUCCAUCGACGCCAUCAUCCCGCACCUCGAAUCCCCCUGCGGCACAGCGUACACCGCGAACUCCUUCUCCCCGGAGAUCCGCGCCCGCGUGGCCAUCGAAGGCCGCUACAGCCCCUACGCCAUCCGCCAGCAGAACAACGCGCAGAAAUCCCUCCGCGACGAGAACCUCCUCGUCCCGGCGGACUUGGAUUACUCGGCGAUCUUUGGCGUCAGUAUCGAGGAACGACAGGCGCUGGAGCGCGUGAGGCCCACGAGUAUCGGUAUGGCGAGACGCAUCGAGGGCGUUACGCCGGAGGGUGUCCUCCGGCUGCUGAUGCAUGUGCACAAGACGAGUAGGAGUCGGGAGAGGGAGGGAGCAAGGGAGAUGGGGAGAGGUGCUGUUCCCCCUCCUGCGUCGGAGGGUCUGGAAGAGACGCCUGAGGACAUCAUUCAGCAGGCGCCUUGAAUUGCACCUGCAUCUAUCUGAAAAGAAAAGAAAAGAAGGAAAGAAGGCGGGAAGGAAGAAAGGAUAUCCCCAUCCAUCGUCAAUUCCUCACGGUAUCAUUGUACGACUAUGACUAUGGCUAUUACUAUUACUAUUUGCAUAUACUUGACAGCGAGAAGGGCAGGCGAACGAAUUGAAUCGACCAUGGCUGGCGUAUUGGGAACUUGAGUUGAGUCGUGUACUUUUACUUACCUUGCUAUGUUGCACAGGACCCGGG